AUGGGCGAUGAUAUCUAUGAUACUCUAUUGGAUCCAAGGCAAGCUCAUCUCGCUCUCAUCGGCUCAUUCCAAGGAUUCAUCUUAUUCGAAGUGUACUGGUUUACGAUACCGUCGUGGAAUACAGGACUGGGGUCUGGCGGGGUCGUCAUAGUAUACUGCUCAUUACUGAUCAUUGCUCAAUUCUUUGCUGCUGCAUUUGCUUGGGAUGCUCAAAUCCAUAAAAACGCAUUACAAGUCAUAUUCAACGUCGGAGUCUUCAACUUGGGAUCAUUUGUCUAUUCCCUGAUCCAGCUUAAGCAGCUAACCGAUUUGAGAACGGGACUGACUGGUAACAGUGGCAAUGUGCAAUACAUUGACGCUGCGCUGCCAGUAUUAUAUGCUCAGAUCGCCUUCACCUUUGUCUUCUUUGUCGCUCAGAGUUACAUAGCGUAUUUAGUAUGGCAGGAAUACGGAUGGAGCAUAUGGAUGGCACAUGGCGCCUCUCUGAGGAAAAGAGCCACUCUACAAAGAUACCACUUCUUCAUCUUGUUUUUGAAGCUCAAUAUCUUCUUCCUACUGGGCAUUGUCCUCCAGGUGUUUGUAGCUGAAUAUUGGCAAGCAAAGUGGAAGAACUCGACUACGUUUUCCCUCAGGACUGUUCUCAUUCCAACAUUGGUUAUUCUGUUUCUGGGAAUGAUACUUUGGUAUAUUCUAGGAUAUUACUCAACGCACACACAAUCACCGGUGAACUAUGCUCUGAUGGGUAGCUACCUCUUCUUGUGUGCUAUAAACUUUGUAGCUAUCGGGAUCAUGCUGGUACUCUUCAACACUUCCACCGACUUUGUCAUAACACGGGAUUUCCUGAACUUCUUUGCUGUCGUAUCAUGCCUGUUUUCCAUCGCAACGAUUGCUUGGGGCGCUUUGCUGGUGAUUCUAGACUUUGAAGGCGAUUGGCUCUUCUCUGUCUUGAGAGGGUUAGAUUACUCGAGAACCCCAACAAGCUUUGUUCGGGUGGAUCCUGAGAAACGGGAUGGAGUAUCGGUGGAGUUGAAACGAAGCAGGACUGUAUUAGAUUGA